AUGCCUCCUCAUGCUGAGCCUCACUUGGCCAAUGGCGACUCACCAUUCAUAUCCUCCUCUGCUUCGUUUCAAGAAACUGCCGCGUCAGAAUCUCAAGUGAAUGGGAACCGAAGACACGGAAAGGGUAGUAUAGCCAUUGUUGGGAUGGCUUGCAAACUACCUGGCGGCGUAGAUUCUCCGUCUAAGUUGUGGGAUCUACUAAUUGAUGAACGCUCUGGGCAGUGCGAUGUCCCCAAGAGCCGAUUCAAUAUCGAAGGUUUUUAUAACCCAGAUCCCAGCCAUACGGGAAGUUUAAAUAUGAAAGGGGGGUACUUCCUACAAGAUGAAGAUGUUCGCAACUUUGAGAAUGAGUUUUUUGGCAUCAAUAACAUGGAAGCACAAUAUAUGGACCCACAACAACGGAAGCUGCUUGAAGCAAUAUAUGAAUCCUUUGAAAGCGCUGGGCUACGCAUGGAAGAUUUAUCAGGAGCCAACAUCGGAUGUUAUGUGGGCAACUUCACCAUGGAUUUCCAACAGAUCCAGCUCCGUGAUCCGGAGUACCUGCACCGUUACAGCGCCACGGGACUGGGCAGCACUAUCCUGAGCAAUAGGAUCAAUCACGUAUUUGAUCUACGUGGGCCGAGUCUCGUCGUCGACACAGCCUGCUCGUCAUCCCUGUACUGCCUGCACCUUGCCUGCAUGGCUCUGGAGAAUGGCCAUGUUCGAUCCAAGUUCCUUCUACCAUUCUCUGCAUUUACAGCUGCUUCAUUAGAAGCUCGAUUCAAGAACAUGGCGAGCUGGCCCGAUAUUGCGAAUGUUUCGUUGCCCGACUUGGCCUUCUCUCUUGGUUUGCGCCGGCACCAUUUUUCAGAGCGUGGAUUCUUGAUCGCUGGCCCAGACGAUUUGGCAGACAAGUUACAUGAAGCCGACUUUCAGCUUCGACUAGAUCCUAGCCACAAACCUCCUUCCACUUAUGCAUUUGUUUUUACCGGCCAAGGUGCCCAAUGGGCCCAGAUGGGUAUGGAACUUCUAGACGAGUUUCAAAUAUUUGCAACUGCCGUCGCCGAGAUGGAUUCGGUUCUUGCGCGGCUUCCUCACCCACCCGCAUUCAAGAUAACUACAGCCCUUCGCGCGCCUCCGGAAACCAGCCAGGUAGCCGACGUGGCGUACUCACAACCGUUGUGUGUUGCUGUACAGAUUGGGCUUGUCAUGCUCCUUAGAAGCUGGGGUAUUGCUCCGCAAGCAGUCGUCGGGCAUUCUUCUGGCGAGAUCGCAGCAGCCUUCGCUGCGGGUUAUUUAUCCCUCGCAGACGCCAUAACUAUGGCCUAUUAUCGGGGCUACGUUGUCAGUGGCAUAAAGAGGAACGGGGCCAUGUUAGUAGCUGGCCUAUCUGAGCAAUCGGGCCGCGAAGAAAUCGCAGCUGCUGGCCUACAGGGCAAGAUUGACAUUGCAUGCAUCAAUAGUCAAGAGAGCGUGACAUUUUCCGGAGAACAGGAUGCCAUUGAAGCUUUGCUGCAACGACUACAAGGCCAGCAGUGUUUUGCACGACUCUUGCGUACUAGUGGCAGGGCCUAUCACUCCCAUCACAUGUGCGAGAUCGGCCAGGAGUACGAGCGUCUGGCCGUCUGCGCAGCAAAGGCUCCUCGUCUCUCCGACAUUGGAACAAGGGCUCCCAUGUUUUCAUCGGUAACAGGAGGCGCUUAUGACGGUCCUUACAACGCUAGUUACUGGCGGAAGAACCUUGAGAGCCCUGUUCGCUUCUUCGAGGCGUUUUCACAGCUUGCAAAGACUGGAAGUGGCUACACAGUUAUAGAGAUCGGUCCCCAUUCAGCGCUGGAGCUACCCAUCAAACAAAUAAAGGCACAUCUUCACGCCGCAAAUAACAGUCUAGAAUAUUUCCCAACCUUGAGUCGUGGAAAGAGUUCGACCGAUAUGAUGCUUUCACUAGUGGGAAGGCUCUGGUUAGGCGGCCAUGACAUUGCCUGGGACAAAGUGAACAAUCCUAGUCUAGGGGAUGCUUGGAAGCCGAGCGUGAUUCCGAACCUGCCACCAUACCCCUGGUCAUACAAUGAUGUGUUGUGGAGUGAGUGCCGUCUCAGCUAUGAGUUUCGUAACCGCUCUAUUGGCCGCCACGAAUUGCUUGGCUGCAAAAUUCCUGGGGGGAGUGAUACAGACAUCAACUGGAGAAACGUGCUACGAUGGGAUGACCUCCCAUGGCUGGCUGACCAUAAGCUUGGCGAUACUAUUGUAUUACCAGGUGGUGCAAUUCUUGCCAUGGCUAUGGAAGCAGUCAGUCAGGCUACUGAAACAUCCCUGACACCAGGGACUGGUAUUGAGAUGCGCAAUGUGCAUAUCGUCAAGGCCCUGACCAUACCUAUCGCAUCGACGCCAGAUACUGAGAUUUUUACAAAUCUAAAACCCUAUGCCCUAAGUAAGGUAUCUUCAUCCAAGACGUGGUGGGACUUCACUAUAUCCUCCCACCGUGAGGGCGUUGCUGCCAUUCAUUCCACUGGCACUAUAUGCGUCAACAAGGAUAUUGAGAUCAAGUCUAUGAAGUCAGCAUCCCAAAUUGAUGAGUCCUCGCUUGAGCUAUCAGCUAAGCGGAUUUGGUAUCAACGCUUUGAGAAUGUUGGACUCAACUAUGGCCCCCUGUUUCAAUCACUAGAUGAUAUUCAAAUACCGCAGUCCAGGUCUAAGAAGGUCGUUAUCGCUAAAGUUGACUCCAAUUCGGCAUUGGCGAAAGAUGCAUCCUAUACUCCUAAGUACCCCAUCCAUCCUAUCACACUCGACGCGAUGGUCCAGGCUGGGAUCAUUGCUACGGCGGCAGGCCAGACUCAACGGAUAAGGCCUUUUGUGCCAACAAAGCUUACUCGUGCAGCAUUUCGUGUUCCCGAAAAUCAUGAUAAGGAGCAAGCCUGUACCUGGCAGAUCAGGGCGACCUCAUGUACUUCUGGGAUUAGUUCCUCCACGUUUGAUGCGGAAUUGUUCGACUCGGCUCAAAGAUCUUUGGCCCUCAUGGAACAGUCCCGGCUCCAAACCUAUCCGACGUUGACCUCAAACGUUGCUGAUGAACUGACACGGCAACCAAUGCUACGAGUUGUUUGGAAACCAGAUAUCAAAGGUCCCAAACUACUAGAAGAGCAAUAUCUUAGCCCGCUUCUGGAGGACUUUUACCAUGAAGCUCGUUCGCCUGUAAAAGACGAAGGCUUGCUGAAGCUUGGCGCCAUUAUCAGUUUCCUGACACACCGAGACCCAUGUAUGUCGAUUCUAGAGCUGGGUACGGAUUCCCACGAUUCCCACGAUGUUGGAAAAGCUAUUCUCGAAAUGUUGCAUUCGUCACAUGAGUACAAGAGAUUGCGAAGCUAUUCGUCAGCUUCAUGUAACGAUGCGGGCAUUUCUCUAAGGCAAUGGGAUUUGGCAUCUUCCCAGCCAGGCGCUAUUCAGAAGUUAUCAGGCGAUACGAGUUUUGAUCUUAUUGUUAUAUUAAACCCUGAUACCACGAGUCAAUUGUUCGAAAGCACGCAGUUCGAUCAUGACCGUGCUCUUUUAGCCAGCGGUGGCGUUCUUCUUGCUCUUGGGCACAGCACCUUGGAUAUCGCCAGUCUAAGUAAUGCUUGGGAUAUUCGAGCUCCAGCACUUCAGGACGCAUCAAAGUCUCUUUUUAUUCUCUCUGAGAAGCAUUUAAAGCCAAAUCUUAGCAAUGGCGUCAAGAGAGAAGAGCCUAUAAUCUUGAUUGAGCGGGAAGAAACAGUUCUAGGGUCCGCAUUGUCGAAACUCAUUCAGGACAGUGGUAUUCCUGUUCAACGAUUGCUGUUUUCAAACAUCAAUGACAAUAAGCUCCUUGAGAAAUCGACGAUUAUUUCGCUGCUAGAAGUCGAAGUGCCACUGCUUGCAAGCCUGACAAAAGAUGAAAUGCACUGCUUAAAACUGCUGACCGACAACGCUGCGACGCUCUUGUGGGUAACGGGCGGUGGCCUCAUCGAUGGCAAGCUUCCUGAUAUGGGCUUGGCUGCUGGCCUGUCGCGGGCUUUGAUACUCGAACAACCUUCCUUGAGAAUGCUCACAUAUGAUGUGGAUGUUCCGUCAAUGUGUCCGGAUCGCACGGCGAAGAAUCUACUUCAAGUUCUUAGUUGCUCCCAAUCCGCGCAGUCAGACUCGGAAUUCGCCGAAAAACGCGGGCUCAUACAUAUUGCUCGUUUCGUGCCAGAUACGAAUCUCAAUCAUCAUUUCAAACGAGGUGUAGGUGCUAAAACUGUUGAAACUACGCUCGGCGAUACUAAUGGGACCUUGGAGCUCGCUAUAUCGCAUCCAGGUCAAUUCGACAGCCUCUACUUCCGGGAAGUUGAGACAGUUACUCAGUUGAAAGAGGAUGAAGUGGCCGUAUCUGUGAAAGCGGUCGGGGUCAAUGCGAAGGAUGUUUACGUUCUCACCGGACGAGUCGACACUCCUGGAGCCACAUGCGCUCUUGAGUUUUCCGGAAUCGUGGAGGAGACUGGGGCCGGAGUCACUGGUUUACAGAAGGGAGAUCGAGUCGUUGCGAUGGCCCCUAAUCAUUUUCGUUCUCGUGAGGUUGUACCACAGUGGGCAGUCAAGAAGCUUCUUGACAGUGAAGACUUUACUUCCGUGGUUACAUAUCCUCUCGUCACCGCCACAGCCCUGUACGCUCUUCGGCAAAGAGCUGCCAUUCAAAAAGGUGAAUCUGUGUUGAUUCAUAGCGGAGCUGGGGGUGUCGGUAUCGCUGCAAUUCAGUUAGCUUUGCAUUUGGGAGCCGAAGUCUACACGACGGUUUCAACGAAGGAAAAGAGAGAGUUUCUCGUCUCCACACUAGGCGUGAAGCCCGAAAGAAUCUUUGAUUCACGCGACGCGGGCUUCGCCAAUGAUGUUCUCAAUGCCACCCAGGGCCGUGGUGUAGACGUUGUGCUCAACUCCUUGACGGGUGACUUUCUUAGAGAAAGCUGGAGAUGUAUAGGGCCCUUUGGUCGCUUCAUUGAGAUUGGGAAACUUGACAUCACUGGCAGCGGUCGUCUCGAAAUGGACCAGUUCUCGCGCAACGUGACAUUUUCGGCAUUUGACCUAUCAGAGAUCUACCUGGAAGCAAAGAAAAGCACAAGAUUCCAAAACCUUUGGAGCCAGCUUCUCAGUGAUUCCAUGAGCCUACUACGCAUUGGUUCCCUCAAACACUUCGCUGCGUUGAGGGCUAAUCGGGUUUUUGAUAUAUCUAAGCUUCCUAGCGCCCUCCGAUUCUUCUCAUCCCGCAGCCGACUUGGCAAGCUAGCCAUAAGCCUGGAGAAUCCCUUGUCAAGCAUUCGAGUCCAACAUUUUACUUACAGGACGAGGUUAGACUCGAACAAGUCCUAUAUCAUGAUCGGUUGCCUCGGGGGCCUAGGUCGAAGUCUAUCUCGCUGGAUGGUGGAACGAGGAGCCCGAAAGCUCAUCUUUCUUUCUAGGUCAGGAAUGGACAAGCCUACAGCGCGGCGCUUUGUCCAAUAUCUUGCAGGCUCCGGGGUAGACUGUCAGGUUAUGAAGGGCGACGUUACCAAUCCCAACAGUGUUCGGCAAGUUGUCGACGCCGUUGAUGGCAAAAUAGGUGGUGUCGUCCAGGCCGCUAUGGGUUUGGAUGAGUCCCUAUUCAGUACCAUGUCAAACAAGUCCUGGCAUACAGGCAUUGAUCCCAAAGUGUCUGGUACGUGGAAUCUGCAUAAUUGCAUACAGCACAAUGGGAAGGACUCUGAGUUGCAGUUCUUUCUGAUGCUGAGCUCUGUUUCGGGCAGCGUUGGGACAGCUACAGAGGGUAACUACUGUGCUGGCAAUCACUUUCUUGAUAUGUUCGCCCGUUAUCGUCGGGCUCAGGGGCGUCCUGCAUUAGCCAUCGGUUUCGGAAUGAUUUCCGAAAUUGGCUAUCUACACGAAAAUCCGGAUAUUGAGGCUUUACUUUUACGAAGAGGCAUUCAAACUAUUAACGAAGACGAGUUUCUUCAGAUCACCGAUCUAGCCCUUUCAGGGUCAAUGGAAAUACCGCAUGUCUACGACACUGCAGCCGGGGCUCAUGUGCUUACUGGGUUAGAGCCGGCCGGUUUCAUCAAAUUGAGGGAAGAGGGUUUCAACGUGACCAAUCUGGUAUUCAACGACCCUCGGGCUCUUGUCCUCAGUAACGCUCUGGGUUCCAAUGCGGACGUACCAGAAAGAUCUGAGGAGGGUAGCCUACCCAUCGGAAUUUCAAAGGCGAUGGCCCAAAAUACCCUGACACUGAGGGAGGCUGUUCUUCAGCAUAUCAAAUCCCACUUUGCUAGUUUGAUCCUGAGCCAGGCGAGUAGAAUAUCUCCCGAUACUCCCUUGGCGAAAUUUGGCAUGGACAGCAUGAUCGCAGCAGAACUAAGGACUUGGCUGUUCCAGGUCUUCAAGGUUGAUAUCCCUUUCCAGGAGCUUUUAAGCAAAACCGCGACACUAUCUGGUAUAGCAAGCAUUGUUAUGAUGCGUAUAGAAUCAGGCAAGGCGAAUGUGAAGGUUUAA